AUGGCGUCCUACCCCCUGAUCAAGCACUGCGACAUGGAGAGCGAGAUGAGGAACGAGGCUGUGGAGAUUUGCACGGGGGCGGUGGAGAAGUACGGCUCGACCGACCUGGAGCGCGCGUCGCAGCUCAUCAAGGAGAGCAUGGACAAGAAGUUCGGCGCGCCGUGGAACGUGGUGGUGGGGCAGUACUACUCCUCGGAGAUCACCGCGGAGGUGAAACACCUGCUCUACCUCUUCUUCGGGGGGCAGUUCGCCAUCCUGCUGUGGAAGGCGCAAUGA